AUGUCGGGAAAAGCCUAUACAAUGAAAGAGAUGAAGGCUAUCGUAGAUUACUUGACACAAAGAAGAGCUUAUGGGGAAAUUAAAGGUAGAAAGAUGUGGAUGGACUUCGAAAAGUCAAAGUUUACAGAUAGAACCUGGCAAAGUUUGAAGGAAACGUUUUUAAAACGUAUACUGCCCGAUAUUCAUAACCCCUAUUAUCAAUUGACACUGACACAGAUAAGCAGUUUUAGGCAAGGGUAUGAUGUAGAAGCAAAACUUAACAACAAACUAGAAAUAAGAACUGUAAGUGAUGGAUCAAGCACUGAUGCUGUGCAACUGGAAAAUACUGAGCAGCCUAGUACUAGCAAUAAUAAAGAUGGCGAAGAAAAAUCAGGUGAGGAAAACAUAAAUUCACAGACUGUAUCACAUCACAGAUCUUCGGCUGAAACCAUAAUUUUGGAACCAUGUUAUGAAACAGCAGAAGAAAUUCAAAAAGACUUGGAAUCACCAAAGCAAGAUGAUGAGCCACAAAUGGAGAUUGCAGAAGACAUUGAAAUGGAGAAGGAGAAAAAUAAAUUGUAUGAUCAUAAAUUGGAAGACCCUCUUGAAAUAAGUUCGGAAACGGAUGAUCUCAGUAACAAUGCAGAUAUGGACAAACCCAGUGACAAUGAACAAAAUAUAGAUGGAAUAAACAAAAUUGAGAAAUCAUUAAAGGAUGUUGAAAAAUCAAUAGAUAAUAUGGAAAAAUCAACCCAUGAAAAUUCCGCACAGAAUGUCACUGAAUGUUCUAAAGUUAUUGAUAGUGCAGCCAAUAAUGCAGAAAAAACACCUCUUCCAGAUAAUGAAACUGAAAAUGCUUUGAAAAUUUAUACCCAAAAGAAUGAUAAAGAAAUAGAUCCUAACAAUGUAGAAAAAGUAUCAUUCUCUCAAAAUACAUGCACGCAAAACUUUUCCAAUGCCACUACUGAUACUUUAAUUCCAAAUAAUCAAGAGGAAUUAAGUACUAAAUCAGAACCUGUCAAUAAAAAUACUAGCGAAGAAUUGCAUUCACAGAAUAUGGGGGAAAACGCAAAAAAACAUAGAAGAAAACGUGCAAUUUCGCAAGAGCCAACAUUUUCGAAACAGAAAAGGCGAUCAUUGGUUCUUAAUUCAAAACCAAUGUCAGUAUCUGAUACUGAUGCUGGUAAAAAACAAGCUGAUGAAAUUAAAAAGAAUAUUGAAUUAUCAGUAACAUCUGCUCACAUUGAGCAAUGCAGAAAUUUGCAAACAUCUGGCACCAGAAAUAAAACAGAGAAUGUUAAAAAGCAGAUUCCAAAAGAAAUAGAGGCAAUAACUGAAGAUGUAAAUGAGGAGAAUAUUAACAAAGGCAUAACUGAGAGUACCAAAAAUCAUGGCAAAAAUGAAGAAACUCUUGUUGACUCACAAAAUAACCUUGAAUCGGAUGUUGAUAAUCCCUGCUUGAAAAGUGUAAGUCUCUAUGAUGAACAGUUUACUUCAAAUAAGUACAGCGAGUCAAGUGAUGACGUUGUUACAAAGAAGACAUGCGCACGGAAAGAAUGUAGUGCACCCAAGAAUAAAGAUUUGAGAGAAAUAGAAGCAGUUUCAACCAAAUUAAGAUCAGAUUACGAAAAAGAUGACCCUGAAAAGAAGAAGAAAGCAACGCCCAUGGUCCAUGCACUUAAUUCAGAAAGGAAAAGGGCUUUAUCUAACGUUUUUGGAUUUUCUAGCGGUGCAGUUCCGUCCGGUCGUAAGAGGCGAGUUAGUUAUCAGAAUAGAACUCGUCGCCAAUCACACAACAAAGCCAGUUCUGGUUCGAGUGAAUGGACAUCAGAAUCUGACAUAGAAUUUGUAUCGCCACCACGCGGGCGUAGGAACAGGCAAGCAAAGAAGUACCUGAAACCGAGACCUGCCCGAAUUCUAUCUUUGGAAGAAGAGGGUGGUUUGUUUGUGAUGUAUGGAAAGAAGAUUUAUCCGGUGGUGAAGGAUGGUAAAAUUAUGAAGAACUACGUCACUUAUGCACCAGAGCGAGAUUCAGAGGAUGAGGAUGAAUCAUUUUGGAAGUUAAAGUACAUAGAGGAAAAGAAGAGAACAGCACAAUUAACAAAAUUGUUAAACCAAACGAAUGAUGACGCUCAGAAAUCGAACGAGAAAGCCUUGUCACACAAUCAAAAUCCAAGUCCUAAAAAGCGAAAGCUUUUAGAAGAUGAAACUGAGACUGAAAAAACAAAGACUGUACAAGUCAAUGUUCCCAAAGAAGCUGGAGAAGAUCCAAAGAGAGCAUGUAUUGAGGAGAAGACUUUAAAAAUUAAAAUAACUAAACAAGAUGAGGAGGUACAGUUAGAAGGUCAUUGGUCGCAAAUUCAUCCAGUUUUCGAUCGUGUAGUGCAAAUAUUUCACAAGGAACCCAAAGCACACGAGGCCAAAGCAAAUGAACCUAAGGCUGAUGGACCAAAAGCACAAGAAUCCAAAGCACAUGCAUUGCCAGAUCCCGCAAUUGAACAAUGUAAAACUGUUUCCAGUGGGAUAUCCACACCACUAAUUGCUGUUCCAGAUGAUGAGGUGCAUGAAAAAGUAAAUAAACUAGAAACAGAGAUAUUUCAAAAAAUCAAGGCCCUCGACAGUGAAGAAUUGAGCCCCUCGCCCCAAUUACCUGCUCCACCAGAACCUCAAAUAAUCAAAAGAGGACCUGGGCGGCCGAAAAAACAUAGUAUAACACCGAACAUAGCUGCACCGGAAAAUCCUGGAAGGAAAUCAAAAAAUGCGGACCCAGAGAAGUUGCUUGUUGAGGAAAAUGCAGUGAAGGUGUCACCGGCUGAAGUAGAAAAUGUUAAAAGCCCAGUGACAAGACAAAAGAGAACACCGAAAAAAGUGCUUCAUGAAAGCACGGAGAGAAAUGACAGCAAUGUCAUAAACACAAGAACAAGAAGAUCAAAAGAUUUACAGCCAGAAGAAGUGGUGAAUGAGGAAACUGAGGUCCGAUAUAAAUUUCCGUCUCCAUCUCCACCAGCUAAGAAGAGCUACAGGAAAUCGGGUGCCAACAAAAUUACGAAGCAACAAAAAACUAAUAAAAGAUACAUCAAGAAAUCACCCGCCAUAUUUGCAUCGCCCGAUAAUGUAUCGAUAGACUCUAUAGAAAGCAGUCAGGGCUACCAGGACUCCGACAUUAGCCCAACUUUAUGUCUUAGAAAGAAGAAAAAACUCACCGCCACGUUUCACGGAAGAGGGAAAUAUCACAGUCGAUUUAAUACGCGUAGAAGAACGCAUUGGCAACUCGACGACAUGUUCGAUCAAUCUAGCAACUCUUGUCCGGAUUUCGGUCAGAAAUCGACAUUUUCUCAUAAAUCGAGCAGUUCGGAAGCUUAUCGUUCCGACUCUUACCAGUUACUGAUGCCGAAAAUCAGAAAUACCUUCGAUCGUUUGGCUAAAAUCGACGAAGUUAACUCCAACGAGCAGGGCGCCUCAGAAGUUGCUCUCCGCGACAAUAAUGUCGGUGCCCAUGAAGGCGAUAGACCUAAUAAGGAUAAAUCGCCUUUAGUUGGUGACGUAACGGAUGUGGACAACUCUAGCAAUGUAACGUUCCCUCCAUCGCCUGUUCUGUCCAUAGUUGAAAACAUAACCAUAAGCAACAGUGCAUUGAACAGUAUUAACGAUAAUGUGGACGAAGAAAACGCACAUAAUGACACAAAUGGAGCGUGCAAUAGCGGCGAUUUUAAAAUAACCGACGUAGAUGUUUCCAUGCCUCUAAUGCAACAGGAUUGUGGCCUCCAAACGAAUGCUCAGAAUGUCGCACCGCAGAGCGACGCCGCAAACAGUCUGCCGGCAGUUAUAACCGAAUCGUUCAUAAAUAAAAUUUGCACGGUAAACAUCGAGGACAACCCGACUUUAUCGGAGACGAUAAAUCAAAAACUGCGCAACCUUUUGUUGGAAAGCGCUAAGAAAAUAGAACGGAAAUCCCUGAUAGCAGAGACCGCAAGCGAUAAAAUGGAAAUAGACACGACCCAAACGGAGGCAUCCAACCAGACUAGAUCGAAGAAACGCUGUUCCACACCGCUGAAACGAAGCAGAACCACGAAGAAUAAGUCGAAAAAACCUGGAACGGCACCAUCCAUUGAAGAAGAGCAUACGGAGUGUUGUUCGCAUAGCGGAAGAAAGUCUUGCCCGCCGUUAAUCCAAAAUCCCGGUGACGUCGCUAAUAGCGUCGCUCGGAGCGAAACCACAACAGACAGUACGAAAGAAAAACAAAGAAAAGGCAGAAAGAGAAAUGAGAACGUGAUCAAGGUGAAAAUUCUCAGGCCUAGAGCUAGGACAAGUUCGAAAGAGACUAACAUUGAGAACACGAAUCGAAAAGCGGUCGAGUCUGUGCAUGGUGACAGCGGGAUAAACGAUACUAUAACGAGCGUUCUAUCGCAAGGACACGACAGCGUUGACCUCAUACACAACCAUUCGGAAACGUGUCUACAAGCAAACGAUUGUGUCGGAGACAGCGUUGAGUUCAUAGAGAACGGGACAAAGUCCGUGAUAUCCCUGGACUCAAGCUCAGAUCAAUCGGAAACGGGGAGAGCUUUCCGCAUAAACUGUGAUUCCGGUCAACACACCCAGCUGGAAAUUUUGGACUGUAAUGCUUUCGGACGGAUGCGAUUUAAUAAUGCGGAGGAUGGUGAAGUAGGGACAUACCAUACACCGAUGAACAGCGAGCUUUCCCCCACUAGUCUUAUGACGGAGGAUCUGUCCGAUCCCGAGAUGGGGGAUGCCGAUGUUAGAGCCUCGCACCCUUCCAAAUGGUACCUUCUAUCCGAAGACGAAACGACGAACACGAAUCUCGCCGUUCACACCAAUAGCAACGUCGGCUACGGCUCCGACCUCAACCGACUCUUCCCCAUCGCCUGUGCCGUGCCGGACUUGUCGACCAUAACGGAGAUGUCCAACGAUAAAGCCUCCGUUGCAGGAAGGGGCACGCAAAGUGGUUCAUUCUCACAAUUCGUGUUCGACACUAAUUUUGAUAGCAAUUUC